CGCCGGAAGUAAUGACGUCAUAAGCGAAAAUUAGAUGACAAACGAAUGAUGCAUCUAUCAGUACUGUGUGCUGUUCCAAUAUUUAAUUUUGUUGGAUUAGUAAGAAAUACGUUCAGUGAAAACGUUAAUUAAUUAAUAUUUCUGAGAGUGAUACAUAACUGCUUUUUUCAUGAAGGAUAAUAUUGCAAACGUAACAAUGUCUGACCAUUUUGGACCAAUAACUUUAAAAUGGGAUCCCAAAAAUUUGGAAAUACGCACUAUGUCUGUAGAAAAAACUUUGGAGCCAUUAGUGUUGCAAGUAACUACAUUAGUAAACACAAAGGGACCUAGUAAGAAAAAGAAAGGAAAAUCUAAAAGGGCUAGUGCUUUAGUUGGAACAGUUGAAAAAGCAACUGCUAAUUUUAUUGAAAAAGGAGAACAAAUUGCAUAUGAAAAUCCUGACAUUACUGCAGAAAUGUUGAGUGCAGUAGAAGAAGUCAGGAAAACAGGUGAUGCAAUGAGCAUUGCUGCUAGAGAAUUCUCAGAGGAUCCUUGUUCCUCUCUUAAACGUGGUAAUAUGGUUCGAGCGGCUAGAAAUCUUUUAUCAGCUGUUACACGUUUAUUAAUCCUAGCAGAUAUGGUAGACGUGCAUCUUUUGUUAAAGUCACUGCAUGUUGUUGAAGAUGAUUUAAAAAAAUUAAAAAAUGCUUCUUCACAAGGUGAAUUAUUAGAAAACAUUAGGCAAUUUGGAAGAAAUGCAUCAGAGCUUAUGAAUCAGGCAGCUAAACGUCAGCAAGAACUUAAAGAUCCUCAAUUAAGAGAUGAUUUAGCGGCAGCUAGGGCUGUUCUUAAAAAACAUUCUACUAUGCUUCUAACUGCUUCCAAGGUUUUUGUGCGACAUCCAGAAUUAGCUGCAGCUAAAGCCAAUCGUGAUUAUGUAUUAAAACAAGUUUGUGAAGCUGUGAAUACAAUUAAUGAUGUGGCACAAGGAAAGACUCCAACUGAUAGCCAACAUCCUUAUGAUGGACCAGGAGAAUUAGCAGCUGCUUUAGAUGAUUUUGAUGAAAGAAUGGUGAUGUCUCCACUUGCAUAUAAUGAAGUACGCACAAGACCUAGUCUUGAAGAAAGAUUAGAAAGUAUCAUUAGUGGUGCAGCAUUAAUGGCUGAUUCUUCAUGUACUCGAGAUGAACGUAGGGAACGUAUUGUUGCCGAAUGUAAUGCAGUUAGGCAAGCACUUCAAGAUUUAUUAAGUGAAUAUAUGAAUAACUUACAGCUCGCACGGGGUGGGAAACGGAUGGGUGUUAAGGAACAAACAGAAGGUCUAGAAAGAGCAAUAGAUCAUAUGUGCAGAAAAACACGUGAUCUUCGCAGACAAUUACGAAAAGCUGUUGUAGAUCAUGUUUCUGAUAGUUUCUUGGAAACAAGUGUACCUUUAUUGGUCCUUAUUGAAGCUGCAAGAAAUGGUAGAGAUAAAGAAGUUGAAGAAUAUGCAUUAGUAUUUACUGAACAUGCAAAUAAAUUAGUUGAGGUUGCUAAUUUAGUAUGCAGCAUGUCAGGUAAUGAAGAUGGUGUAAAAAUGGUAAGAUAUGCAGCAGCACAAAUUGAAAAUUUGUGUCCACAAGUUAUAAAUGCAGCUCGUGUUUUGGCUGCUCGUAAUCGAUCAAAAGUAGCGCUUGAUAACAUGGAAGUUUUUCGUCAAGCAUGGGAAAAUCAAGUGAGAGUACUUACAGAGGCUGUUGAUGAUAUAACAACCAUUGAUGAUUUCUUGGCAGUAUCUGAAAAUCAUAUUCUUGAAGAUGUAAAUAAAUGUGUACUGGCUUUACAAGAAGGAGAUGCUGAUACUUUAGAUAGAACAGCAGGAGCAAUCAGAGGACGUUCUGCUAGAGUUUGUAACGUUGUUCAAGCAGAAAUGGACAACUAUGAACCAUGUAUUUAUACUAAGAGAGUCUUAGAAGCAGUGAAAGUUUUAAGAGAGCAAGUAAUGCCAAAAUUUGCACAAAGGGUAGAAGUUGCAGUAGAUGCUUUAGGUAGUAAUCCUGCAAAAGAUGUGGAUGAGAAUGAUUUUAUAGAUGCAUCUAGAUUAGUAUAUGAUGGAGUCCGUGAAAUCAGACGUGCUGUAUUAAUGAAUAGAGCGGAUGAAGAUUUAGAUCCAGAAGAUGUAGAAUUAGACGAACAUUAUACAUUAGAAACUCGUAGCAAAUCAAGCGCUCAAACUGGUGAGCAUGGAGUUGAUGAAUAUCCAGAAAUUAGUGGCAUAACCACGGCCCGUGAAGCUAUGCGUAAAAUGCCUGAAGAAGAUAAACAAAAGAUUUUACAACAAGUAGAAUAUUUUAAGAGUGAAAAGCUCAAGUUUGACAAAGAAGUUGCAAAAUGGGAUGAUGCUGGAAACGACAUCAUAGUUCUUGCAAAACAUAUGUGUAUGAUCAUGAUGGAAAUGACAGAUUUUACUCGUGGUCGUGGUCCUCUAAAAACGACAAUGGACGUUAUUAAUGCUGCUAAAAAGAUAUCAGAAGCUGGUACUAAGUUAGACAAAUUGACAAGACAAAUAGCAGAUCAGUGCCCUGAAAGUUCGACUAAAAAGGAUUUAAUAGCAUAUUUACAUCGCAUAGCUCUUUAUUGUCAUCAAAUGAAUAUUACAAGUAAAGUUAAAGCUGAUGUACAAAAUAUCAGUGGUGAGUUAAUCGUAUCAGGACUUGAUAGCGCAACUUCACUUAUCCAAGCUGCUAAAAAUUUGAUGAAUGCAGUUGUGCUUACUGUAAAGGCUUCGUAUGUAGCAUCGACGAAAUAUCCACGACAAUCUACCGUUACAUCUCCCAUAGUAGUAUGGAAAAUGAAAGCACCAGAAAAGAAACCGCUUGUUCGCCCUGAAAGACCAGAAGAAGUAAGAGCAAAAGUACGUAAAGGUUCGCAGAAAAAGGUGCAAAAUCCAAUACAUGCUCUUUCAGAGUUUCAAAGUCCUACUGAAAGCGUUUAAGUUUUCCAAUUUAAGUAACUCAAAUAAAAAGUAGAACUGUAUGAAUGGCAUCACCUUUACGAAAUAUUAACGUAAGAUAUUUUUUUUUCUCGUAAUUAUUGAUUGGUUGAACAGUAUACUUCAUCAUUAUUAAUAAACGUAUAACGAUAUAAUUCUUAUCAAAUUUGUUUAGUAAAUGGCCGAUUAAUAUGAAUUUAUAUGUGUGUAAUAAAAAUAAAUGAUACCCUUAUUAAACUUAUUUACAUUUUUAAGAUUUUAUAUCUGAUGUGAUUUAAACCAAUUAGAUUACUCAAAAAUAAAAUAUCUUGCGUUAUUAUAUUAUCUAAAGACUUUCUUUUAGUUAUCAAAUUGUAAUUGUCAAAGAAAACUAUAAACAAUCGAAUUACAUUAAAGAGAACCUAAUUAGUGCGGUAAAAUGAUUUUUAAAAUACAUAAAACAAGUAUAUAUAUAAUUUAGGUUUUUCUAUUACAUGAAAGUCACAGAAACAAAUUUAAAAAGAUUUUAUGUUUAGUUAAUAUUAUAGAUGCAGCAAAUGAAUGUACUUUAUUAAAUAGAAUACAUUCAAUAUAUUGACAAUGCUUACUCAGAAUAGUCUGAUGCUGAAUGAAACCAGUAAGUACUAGUUACAAUUAGUAACAUUUUGGCAGUUGUAUAAACAAUUUAUAUGGUAAGUUAUUUAAGAAUUUGUACCAUUAUGAUAUCAUCAAUGGUAUCUCUUAACUUUCGGGGAUAUAUCUUUCGCAAGUAUAUCUGGUAAAAAAUAAUUUUUAACAUUUAUUCAAGAUGUAUUUACAACUG